AUGGAAACAAGACAGCGGCCCAGUCAGCAAGCAAAAGCGUUGGGAAGCAGCGAGGCAAAACUUAAUGUUUUUGCCAGAGGAGAUGAGGGGUACUGGUUUUGCUCUGUUUUGGAUGAUGGCUGGUGGUGUGGAAAUGGGGUCAAUGGCAUUCUUGCAUUUGGUAAUUUGGUAGGUGUUAAGGAUGAUGACACAUUUUCGAAUGUAUUUUGUGAAAAGUCUAAGAAGCUUAUCAAUGUACAUUUGUUUGCCCUGGCUGCUAAGUAUUAUUCUUUGGCUAACCUUGGAGUGUGUACCCCACUAGAAGACAUGCUUGAAGCACUGAGAGGAGACAAUCAAGGAACAACAGAUGUCAAAACUGAUGAGUUUAUGAAUAAUAAGAAAUCACAUGAAGUGCAGGUGAUGUCAGAGCUGGUAGACAACAUAGCGAAUUAUUGUGGUAUAAAGCAGGUGGUUGAUAUAGGUUCUGGAAAAGGCUACCUGAGUUCAUUUUUGUCCAUGCAAUACAACUUAAAAGUUUACGGAAUUGACUCCUCAAACACCAACACAAAUGGUGCCCAUGAAAGGAAUAGAAAAUUGAAGAAACACUGGAAAGCAUAUCAGAGUCGAGGAAGAGCAGAACUCAAAAGCCAGAGGCUGGAAAAGGCUAAUGACAGGCCAGUGGAAAGUGAAAUUAAACGUAAAGCAAUCAAUGAAAAGCCCUUAAAUGACAGCAGUCUUCAAAGUCAGCGCCAAGUGACUAUCCAAGAUUUAGUUCCUUCCUGUGGUUUCACAGAAAUAGCUACAUCUGAAACCAGCAAACAAACUGAAGUUGAUUUGGUGGCUCGGGCACAAUCUGAUGAGAGCAAACUUUCUGAAGAGGUUCUUAAUCUUCUAAAUGUUCUGCCUGCUGAUGCUGUAGAAUUUUUUUCUUCAUCUCAGAGUAACUGUGGGGAACUGUGUGAAGAGGAAAAGGCACAAAGAAAAAUGGCAUCUCUCAAGGCUAAAGCGAGCAAGUCGAGUGAAUCAAACCUGUAUUUUCCAUUGACCUCUUGCAUCACUGCAGAAACAGAACUCAGUGACAUCAUAACAGAUCUGGAGGACUGUAUGAUGGUGGGUCUACAUACAUGUGGCGAUCUUGCUGCAAAUACACUACGAAUUUUUACUGCCAAGCCUGAAAUCAAAGCAGUUUGCAGCGUAGGCUGCUGCUACCAUCUGUUGUCAGAACAGUUUGAAAACCAAGAAGAUUGCCCGGAGGAAGUGCGGGGAUUUCCCAUGUGUCAGUACUUGAAGGACAAGGGGUGGUGCUGUGGUCGCAAUGCUAGGAUGUCAGCAUGCUUGGCUUUGGAGCGAGUUGCAGUUGGCCAAAUGCUGCCUACAGAAUCAUUGUUUUAUCGAGCUGUUCUUCAGGUUAUCAUAGAAGAAAUGUAUGGUGUCACCAAAAGUGAUCGACAUGUUGGAAAAACUUUCUCCAAAUCAUCCUCCUUCAUAGAUUAUGUCAGAAAAUCUCUGAAAAAGCUGGAACUGGAUGAUUCAAAGAUCACAGACAGCUGUAUAAUGGAUUACUAUGAAAAAUACAAGCACAGAAUGAACGAGCUUGAAGCAUUUAAUAUGCUGAAGGUUGUUCUGGCUCCCUGCAUAGAAGUUUUGAUACUUCUGGAUCGUCUUUGUUACCUCAAGGAGCAGGACAACAUUGCCUGGUCUGGACUUGUGAAGUUAUUUGAUCCCGUGAAAUCCCCCAGAUGCUAUGCAGUUAUUGCGCUGAAGAAACAGUAAUGUUUUUAAGUGGAAGCAAAUUGCAGAUAG